GGUUUCCAUAGAGAGGAAAUAUCACAACCCACCUACGAACAAUACCAGAGAAGACAAAGCUGCGACCCCAAGCAAUCAGAAGUUCAGAAGACCUGCCUGGAGCAGCCCUGCCGGUCCUUGGAGCUGGGCCCCUCGCCCUGAGCAUUUCCACUCCGGAGCAAAGUCCGCUUACAGGGAGCAAUGCUGGUGCCCACGUACUUCCUGCUGCUCCUCCUGCUGCUUCUGGGGUCCCCAGGGACAAGCCUCUCCCGCAAGUUCUACAACACUGGACCAGUCUUCAGCUGCCUCAACAUGGCCCUGUCUGAGGUCAAGAAGAACAAGCUGGAGGAUGUGCCCUUGCUGAGCAAGACCAGCUUCAACCACCUGCCCCCACAAGACUCUUUGGGAGAGGAAGAGGAGGAACAAAAGCAUGGCAAGAGCAAAAGAACUUUCUCAGGCCCAGUGGGUGGGAGUGGAGCUGGAAGCCUCCGCUACAGAUACCAGUCUCAAGCACAGCACAAGGGGAAGCUGUACCAGGACAAGGUCAAAAGUGACCGGGGCACCAAGUUCACUCUGUCCCUUGAUGUUCCCACUAAUAUCAUGAACAUCCUCUUCAACAUUGACAAGGCCAAGAAUUUGCGAGCCAAGGCAGCUGCCAACGCCCAGCUGAUGGCACAGAUUGGGAAGAAGUAAAGCGGGGGCCAGGGGAGGGCAGCACUUCGAGACAGGAGCCCCCGAGUAGAGGGUGAGGGAAACUGAGGACAAGCCUUUGACUCUCAAAGGACUGCUUGUGCCCCUCUGAUCCUCUCUUCUUUCCAGCCUGUUUUCCCCUCUCCUUUGUACAUACUCACUUAAGCACAGUAUGGUACAGCCUGUGCAGAUGAUGGAGGUUAGCAUCUCUCCCUGUGUCCUGUGUCUGCUUUCUGGUUCCCUGCGGCAACAGGCUAAAUUCACACAGAGCCCCUCCUCUCUAAGCUCCUCCCCAUUAUCCACACCUCUAAGGAGAGACUGUUGAGGCUCCCUCCCUGUUCCACCCCUGCCUCGGCAGAGACAAAGAGAGCCAGUGCUCACCCUCUUGCCCCCAAAUAUGUCAACUCUGUCCUGAUCUGGAUUAAAGCCAAUGGCUUUCUGAA